AAGCCAUACAAGUGAAACUUCUAACAUAUCAUAUCAAAGUUUUGGUCUGCUUGAUAAUUAUAUGUAUCGUGAAUUAAAACUGAAACAGUGGAUUAAUCCUAUGCUUCCUUUACCAAGUCGAAGGCAAUUAAGUGGUCGUAUUCUUGAAAAAAGCACUAAUAAAAUAAUGGAAAAUAUUCUUAAAGAAGCAAUAAAUGAUAAAUUGGGUGUAAUGUUAGCAUUUGACAGUUAG